UAUUAGUUCAAUAAAGGGAAGGAAGAGUGGAUAAGCUCAUCUGUUUCUCUCUACUAAAAAAAAAUGGAAGCUCUUGGUCAUGGGCUCCUACCCCUCGGUGCCGUUAGGACUUGUCAAAAAGAAGGAAGGUGUCAACUUAUCGGUUCAAUCCAUUUUCUUAGCUCUCCAGUCCCAUCUUCUCUAAAAUCGUUAAAGUAUAAGAAUAACAUAAGGAUGCAAGCAGUGCAAGAAGAAUAUGAGUUGAAGCAAAUGAAAGAUAUGGCUGCGGCUAAAAAGAGAUGGGAUGCUCUGAUCAGGGAGGGGAAAGUUAAGGUUCUUACUCCAAGGGAAGCUGGUUAUGCAAUUCAACUCUCGAACAAAAUGUUGCUUGAUGUUCGUCCCUCUAUGGAGCGAAAGAAGGCAUGGGCAAAAGGCUCCACCUGGAUUCCAAUUUUCGAUGUUGAUACUAGUUUAGAACUUCGUACUCUUUCCUUGAAAGCAACAAAUUUUUUGAUGGGAGGUUGGUGGAGUGGUGUCCCUGCUCUUUCUUACAACAAAGAAUUCUUAUCAAAUGUUGAGGAGAAAUUUGCCAAAGAUACAGAUCUUAUUGUGGCAUGCCAGAAGGGAUUGAGGUCCAUUGCGGCUUGUGAGGUGCUAUACAAUGCUGGUUACAACAACAUUUUCUGGGUUCAAGGUGGUUUAGAAGCUGCUGAAGAGGAGGAUCUUGAAAGAGAAGGUCCUCAACCAUUCAAGUUCGCAGGAAUUGGUGGGCUUUCAGAGUUCCUUGGGCACGGUAACCAAGGACCUUCUCUCUCCUACUUCCUAGGAUAGCAGAAGGCUCACGCCGGUGCCGACCACCAUCAACAGACCUUUCUUUCUCAGCCAAUCAAUACUCACCCACUGUGAGAAUUGCUUCAACCUUUUUCUUUUUUCGUUCGCUCCACAGAUCAGGUAUUUACUAUGGCAGACAACAGAAUCUAUUUUAAUGCAGGCUUCAAGUCCUUUGACAUCACAAGAUGGAGUUCCGGCAACACAACCUGGUUUGACUGGGUAGAGAGAAGUAGAAAAAGAAUGCGAAGGAUAACGCUGAGCAGAAAGAUAAUGGAAUGGGUUUGUCCUCAAGGAAGCCUCCAACGACAAUAAGAAUCUGGUUAGAAGAUGGAGGACAAAAGAACAAAUUUUAGAAUUUUACGGCACCAGAAAGUACAACGUACAUGGAAGGUACAUGAGUUUUUUGGCCCUCAUAGGAGAAACCAGAGAAGUUAUUAUUGUUCCUGAACUUGGCAUUAAUGCGGGAUGGAGAGACAUAGCAUUCAAGAUUGAAGGCUUCAUUAACACCACUCCACAAUGUUUAGUCAAACAACAUUCAAAGCCAACUAUUCCGUAUGCUAGGGUAGUUGAGAGAAGUAAAUGGCAACAACAAAGUCACAAAGAAGCCAAUGCUAGCAUAGAGGGCCCACUGGGGAGAAGUAUUACGGGAUUAUUCGGGGGAUCUGAGAGACCCACUCUGACUGCUGUAAGAAAAUGGGCUUCCUCGACCUGGAAGAAAGCAUUUGGAGUUGACAUCUAUGAGAUGGCAGGGCACAUCUUCCUUUUUGAAUUCCCAAAUAAGCACAUGGCAGAACAAAUUCUGCAAGGAGAAUGGAAUUGGAAGAACAUGAAGGUGAAACUAGAAUGGUGGAACCCACUAGUUGGCUGCGUACCAUCACAACAAAGACAGGAAAAGAUCUGGAUCAGAGCAAUAGGAGUGACCCUGCACUUGUGGUCCAAAGAAGUCUUUAAAAAGAAAUAGGUGAUAAAUGUGGAGGAUGGUACAGAUCGGAGGAGGAAACAAAACUGAGAAACCAUCUCAGAUGGACCCGUAUUGAGGUUAAGAAUGAAUGGCAAAAAAUACCUAGAGAGGUUGCCAUAACCAAACAAGGAUACACCUUCAGGAUGCCGAUCUGGAUCGAGAAAGUUACGACCUUUGAGAAGGCAUCGGGAAAAAACAUGGAAAAUCAGAUUUCCAUGGCGGAGACUGCGAAAACUGGGGAAACCCUAGAUGAGGGCUUUGCACGGAGGUCUGUUGCAUGUCCAAUGAAGAGGAUGGGUAAUACCCAGAGGUUAAAAGCAUCUUUUGAAGUCAUCAAGCAAGUAGCCAGAUUGACAGCUGUUGAUUGGAUGGCACACAUGGGAGUGGAAAUAAUUCAAAUUUAAAUCCACGUGAGGAACACGUGAGGUCUCCAAGGCAGGAGAUGAAUAAUUUGAGUCAUGGGCCGGCCCAAAACCAUAAACCACUCCAACAAAAAUUAAAUACCUCACAAGCCCAACCCAAUCUAGAACAACAAGUUGAGGAAUUCUGGGAGGAGACCACGACAAUUAGAACAUCUUCUCCAGAGAAUUUCAACGCAACAGAAAAUCUUGAAUUGACUGCCACAACUUCAGAUGCAGGAUAUGUGGGAGAAAAUUCAAAGAUGAAAGAGACAAGUCUAGAAGAGACAGAGGGGACUGUAAUUGUGAGGGAGAUAAGGGGGAAUGAGAAUUGCAAGGAACAAUCCAUUGUGAUGGGCAAUUCGUGUCUGGAAGUCAGAAACUGGGAAGUGGACGAGGUGAUACCCUUAGCUACAGAAGCAGCUAAACAGGUCGUUGACAAGGAAAAGUCCACAACAGUCUGAGUUCGAAAAAGUUUAAUCAAGCUCGGCAAAAUGUUUGGAGCUGACUUUAAUGGCCAUGAAGAGGAGGCCUUGGAACUUCUUAUGCAAAUUGAUGCGUGCAGGCAGAUUAGAAGGAUGGAGAUAUCAUCAGAAAUCAGAAGAACUACAUUCAAAGGCACCAAUGAAUUGAAGAAUUUAAUUACUUUUGAUGUUAAGUUCAAAGCUAGUGAGGCCAGGAGCACGGGGAAAGGAGGUGCACAACCUGUACCAUGAAGUUCAACCUAGUGUCUUGGAAUGUUAGGGGAAUAAAUGAUGGGGGAAAAGAAGAGUGGUGAAGAGUUGCAUAGAAUUUUGGAAGGCUGACAUAGUGUGCCUUCAGGAAACUAAACUACAAGGAGACAUUCAAGAGAUAGUGAAGCAAAUAUGGGGAGGGAGAUGGGUUAGAUAUGCUUGCCUAGAAGCAAGUGGUACCAGGGGAGGGAUUGUUAUGGGAUAGUAGAGUUUGGAAGGGAGAGGUGCAACAAAUAUGCUAAUUUGCAGUUUUGAAGGCCUGCUCCAAAACUUUAACUAUCACAUUACAGGGGUGUAGGCACCAAAUUGCAACGUGGAAAGAAGAGAGGUUUGGGAUGAAUUAGGUGCGGUCAGAGGUUUAAUGGAGGGCCCUUGGGUAGUAUGUGGGGACUUCAAUGUAUGCAGGUUCCCCACAGAGAAGAGAAACUGCCAAAGGAGAUCUACUGCCAUGGUAGAAUUCUCAGACUUCAUAGAAGACCUGGAGCUUAUUGACUUGCCACUUGAAGGAGGAACACAUACUUGGUUCAGGGGAGAUACAAACAAUGUUGCAUCAAGGAUAGAUAGAAUCCUAUUCACAACCGAGUGGAGUGAACAAUUUAGUAAAAUGAAGCAGGUUGCUCUACAAAGACUGACAUCAGACCAUGUGCCUAUAGCUUUACACUGUGGACCAUGGGGAUCUGAACAAAUCUUAUUUCAAGUUUGAAAAUUGGUGGUUGAACACAGAGAGGGAUUUAUAGAUAAAAUCAGGUCUUGGUGGAAUUCUUUUGCAUAUACAAGAAACCAAACUACAUUUUAGCAUGCAAAUUGAAACCACUGAAGGGUAAGCUCAAGGAAUGGAGUAAGGAAGAAAAAGGAAAUUUGCUUUUGGAAAGAUCCAUCCUGUUAAACAAGAUGGCAACUUUGGACUCUAUUAUUGAUAAUAGAGCACUAACAGAGGAAGAGGCUGCAUUAAAGGCAACUACUUUCCUGGAGUAUGAAAAACUACUCAAGAACGAAGAGACUGCAUGGAGGCAUAGAUCCAGAAUUUUGUGGCUAAAAGAAGGUGACAACAACACUAAGUUCUGUCACAAUUCAGCCAAUGCACAUAAAAGGAGUAACUGUAUUGACCAACUGGAAGUACAAGGUGAGACAGUGAAGGAGCCAGACAAAGUGAAAAAGGAGAUCAUACAGUUCUAUAAGAAGCUGUACACAGAAGCAGAGAGAUGGAGACCUGCAGGAAACAUGAUAAAUUGUCCUACAAUCUCAGUAGCAGAAAAAAGUACAAUUACAAGCCAAAUUUGAGGAGGAGGUGCUCAACUGCCUGAAAAAGUGUGCUAUAGAUAAGGCCCCCUGGACCUGAUGGAUACACAAUGGGCUUCUUCAUCAAAUGCUGGGAAGUUCUAAAACAUGACAUUAUGAAUGCCUUCCACAACUUCUAUGAACAUGAGAUAUUUGAAAGAGCUUCAAUGCAACAUAUAUUGCACUGAUUCCCAAAAAGAAAGGGGCAAAGAAGUUAAAAAGAUUUUAGACUAAUUAGCUUGAUAGGCAGUUUCUACAAGCUUUUGUCUAAAGUGUUGACUGAAAGGAUCAAAAGGGUGAUGGAUAAAUUGGUAAACUCCCAGCAAAUGGCUUCAUUCAGGGCAGACAAAUUAUGGAUGCAGUAUUGAUAGCUAAUGAAGCAGUAGACUCAAGAAUAUCACAAAAGAUGCCUGGAAUCCUAUGCAAAUUGGAUAUAGGGAAAGCUUAUGAUCAUGUGAAUUGGGGGUUUCUAAUCAACACUCUCAAGAGAAUGGGAUUUGGGGAGAAGUGGAUCAAGUGGAUCAGAUUCUGAAUCUCAACUGUAAAAUUCACAGUAGUGAUAAAUGGAUCACCCGAAGGUUUUUUUGCAGCUCAAAGGGGAAUAAGACAAGAGGACCCUCUGUCCCCUUUUCUGUUCAUCCUAGCCAUGGAGGGUCUCAAUAAUAUGAUUAAGAAACCCUCAGGGGUUGGCCUGCUGGCAAUUGACUUGAGCCUUGGGGUUUGCUCCCUUUCAAGGUCUCAAGUUCGAAACCCACUGGGUGCAAACAAUUUCUGAGGGCCAUCGGACUGGGUAAAACCUGAAUUAACC